AUGGAAAUUGUGCAUAUUUCAGAAGACGAUUUUGCGACAAUGGGUAUCCUGACAGGUUCGUCGGAAGGAACAUUGCCGAUUGACCGGUGAAACUCACUACUGAGACUAUCGAAAAGAAAACUUUAUUCCUCAAAGUUUCUCUCCAAGGAGACGCUGCGAGUGAACUCCUAAGAAGACGCCCUGACAAAGCUGUCUCGAGAUCCUUCCCAGCAGCAAGGGUCGAAUAUCAUUCUCUACUAGCCCUAUUUUACGUAGAGAAGGUAAGGAUAGACUACCACCUCAGACCGACUCAGUGUGCACCUAUUCAUUCACUUGCUCAAAUGGAGCAGGUUAUGUUGGUCGUACGUGUCGGCGUCUAUCCAAAAGAAUACGAGAAGACCUCCCGCAUGGCUGGCAAAAGGCGAAACUAGAAGCAUUAGUAGCGCCAUUCUUGCGCAUACAGUGGAUUCAGAACAUCGUGUGGACACCGCGGAAGCAUUUCGUGCGAGUCAUGAGGUCUCACCGAGGCUACUCUGCCAGCGCCAUCAGGUUUUGAAAACCAACCCUAUCCGCCCAGAAGAACCUCGCUCAUGCUCAGCGAAUGCCGUAACCAAAGAUUGACUAACAACAUGCAACUGUCUGCGCCCUUCCAUUUUCACACUGCCUCUGUUUUAAAAUUAACUUUAUCGCUUUUUUAGUCACUGACAUAUUUGACUGUGCCCCUUUCCCAUAUAAUUCUACUGGCUUCAAAAGAAUAGAUAAAAGGCGACUUUUGCUUGCAAACUCGUCUUUUGAAUUGUGCAUAUUUCUUGCCUAUUUCUUAUAUAAAGAAUAUGCGAGAACACUAUCCCUUCAUAACACUCUGAUUCCCAUCGACCGACUGCCCAAAAGCUUCCACUCGUUUUGCAAAAACAAAGUGUGUCAUUUGUAUUGCUCACGGAGGCGUAUUCAUCGUCUAUUAUCCAGAGAAGGUAGAUGUUGGACAGGAUACCAAACUGCCAGUACACUCCGCCGUAUUUAGCCUCCGCAGUUACUGACAGGAGCGCAAAAAGCACCAAUUUCUGUUGAAUACUCCACUAUGUGACAAACAAUAUACUGAAACAAGCAAAGAGCCCAGUUCCAGGAAGCAGUCAUGAAAAAGGAGACACGAUUGCUGGAACACGAGCUUAAUUUGUCUGGCGUGUCGGACUCCCAUUCAAGCCCAUCAUCAGAGACGAUAGUGGGGACGUACCUUCACGAUAUACCGAUACCUCAUCCGAAACUACGAGAGUAAGCAUCCGCUCUAUCACAAACACAGUUAUCUUUUGACCAUCAUAGAACCCACUUGUAGAUGUAUCAUGUUGAUGACAAAAAUUCGAUUGUGUCGGAACAGACGGGAUAAAUUACCGCGACACCUGAACUCCAUUUGGCCAGACAUUGCGUUUACGACGGAGAUUGUAUGGAUGGAUGACAGAAAAGCAAGAACACAGCAACUACUCCAAUCUCUAAAAACAUAAACAUUACGGAAAAAGAAAUUGCACUGAACUAGUAGACAAAUGGACAAGGUAUUGUUUCUGGGAAAAACGCUUCACAAUCAACAGUAACCCUGACGAAAAAUGUAAACAAAACUAGGAAAAGAAGUCUGAAGUGUUGGCCAACCGAGGCUUACGCUAUUGAUAUGUCCAGGAAAUUCCUUAAACUGACGAACGAAUUUUGAAUUCGACUCGAUCACAAACUUGGAGUGAAAAUAUGCCGGUAAUUGUCGUGUCCUGGACGUUUUAUUUGUCAUGGAAUAAUCUGAUGUAUUUUGCCUGAUUAUGUCAUUCCGUCUUCCUCUUCUUCGAUUUGCUCCGUAGAUGAGAAGUCUCAGGAAAUAUUAAUUGAGGUUUUGGAAAGUGUCUUCAAAUACAAAAAAUCACUUCAGUAUGGAGGGAAUAUUAAUUAUCAUUUAGUACUAUCCCAGGUUUCUAAUUACUGGAGUAUGAAAGCCCAUUAAAUAACGCCUAAAUACAUUUCUCUUAAUUUUGGCAACGUGGAUGUUUCACGAAAAAAAGUCAUCGAAUUUGUCGGUUGCAUUUUAAUUUAUAAAACUCAUGAGGAGCCUAUCUACAUCACUAUUUGUUUCAUAUCUUACCGUUAGGAACAGAUGUAUGCAUAAGAGGAAUGAACCGGUAGAGGAAAUUAACCCUGGCCUGUUGCUGCCUGCAUAGGUCUUCAGAUUAAAUACCCAAAUACCCAAGAAAAUACGGGAACACCUCCCUGCAUGGCUGGCAAAACUCAAAACUAGGAGAGUAGACAGCCAGAUUCCCGCACAUGUUAUUGAUUCAGGGCAUUGUAUGGACCUCAGAGAGGUUUAACGUAUAAGGUCCAAUCCAGCUACCCCGAACUACUGGUCAGAAGUCUAUUAGCAACAGCUGAUGACACCGCUAUCAGGUAACGAAAUUCGUUUCCUGUCACUGACCACAGGCAUGAGCAAGUACUGACAGUUGGACCGUCGGGCCCGACGAUAUCCUCCGUGUGCUCCACAACCAGGUAAUUCAGGCAGAAUGACUUGCGCGUAGACUGGUUUAUAGAGUACGCUUGCACUGCAUCUACCGCAAUCCUCCUCACCUUAACCGGAUGCAAAGACAUAGUCAGAAAGACCGGAAGUGGAAGAGGACGCAGGUGGUCGGCGCGGCCGGACCGACACCUAAGCGUGCCGCCACGUCCCCUGGCGCCAUGUGUUCCCCUGCUUCUAGGUGUCUGACACGUGUCAGAACUGUAUCAGCAGGCGUCAAAUGCCACUCCGCAUCUCUUUGUGAGGACGCAUGUGUUGGUAGGGUCACUGCAAUCGCCUAGACGUUGGGAUGAUGAGGCGUAGAAAACAUUCCUAGCUUGUCUGUUUUUGACAGGCCGUAGAAGCGUGCCACUAUGCUGUGACGACAGUAUAUUUUCUAAAUGUAUGCCCGUAUGAGGUAUUGCAAUACGAAAACCGGUUGCUAAAAGGACAUACCUCGAAGGAAUGAGAUCGGUGGGCGGGCGGAAUAGCUGCAAACAAAUUAAAAGCCCUAUGCGCACCGCAAGAGAAUAAAGAUGCGCGAGUCAUGAUUGGUCAUCGGAAUGUGGCCAGUAGCAUCGGCUUGCAGAGUGCUCUAUAUAGCAUUGUUUUGCAGAUAGGUAGUCAUUUAUGUGAGCAGACGAUGCAGGAAAUAUCGCUGAUGCUUCUUGUUUUGGGUGGCCCUGUCAAUCCUUGUCCUACUGUCAUUGGUAAGAUAUGUGAGGUUUAUUUAUUACUUACUAAAGUUAAAUAAAUAAUAGCGGAUUUUAGGAACGAAGACGAAUUUUGGAUGCUGCUUGAACUGUUGACACCAAUCAUUAUACAUUUAGCACUAUGUUUUUAGAGUAUCUCGGUAAAAGCCAUUCUUUGCACAUGCUAAGUGCAUUCCUAGAUUGUUCGAUUGUAAUUAUAUGCUCAAUUGAGCCGAAAAUGCACAGGUGAAUUAACGAAACUGCUUAUUACCAAAUUGCCUUCUUUCGCGUUGUUCAACAACCUCAAGCAAACAUUUCCAUCGAUGAGUAUAUCGAUGAGUCAUAUCUAAAAACAGCGGUAAUGACAUGUAUUAGGGCGGUUUUGCGUAUUUCAAUCGACAAAAAAUGCUCCAAAUAAUCGUGCCACAAACAGACCUCGGUAGAAUGGUCGACGCAUGUCGAAUUAAAACUGCAACCGCGCACUUAUUUCCCACUUAUGUGUACCAAGUAUUUGAGAUGCGAAUGGUUUGUCUGAAUUGCGAUGCUGGAAAAUAAAAAUGGGUUAAUUGAACUUGAAAGCUGCGUUGCCUGCGUAUUUGAACCAUUUUUAAAGUUUUUUGACUUCUAAGCAGUUUCCAAGUACUCUACACAGAUCAUCGGACGGCCUUAGUAACAAAUAUUUUGUCAGAAAUCAACGUUUGCGUUCUCUUGGACAAUAUUUGCCCUAACGUAUUACCGUGAACCUUGACACUGGGAGCAUUGUAAGUCCGAGGCGAUUAACUGCGCUGCUACCCAUGACAUCAUCGUACAAAUGUGCCAAUUGCAUUUAUGACUCUUUUCUACCUCUCUGUCUGUCUUCAUUUACAUUUACAUAAAAUAUAUUUUUUUUACCUUUUCAGGAUUGGACCGCUGUCCUUCUCACGAAGGGUUGAUUGACCUAAACGCCUUUGUCGAAAACAGCAUGAAUCGCAUGUUUCCUCUGACCUACACAACAUCUGACAGCAAAAUGCCCGUUGUCCUCGUCCACCUGGACGCAAUUGCUGCUGUCACAAGUACGACGUGCAAGAUGUUGCGAAUUCUGCACGAAGGAAACCUCAUUCAGUUCGUUUGUUCCAUCAACUUGCCGAAGAUUCACCUUUCAAUAAAAAGAAAGGUUACCGAGUACCUGUUAAUAUUCCACUUCUGUCCGAUCUACAGUGAGUGUCCGAUGUCAGGAAAUGUCGGCUGGAAUUCUAAAAUGCGUUUUCGAUCAGGAAGGAUUACUUAGGCGCAGUUGCAAAACCGAUUUUCCUGCAGCAUAACAAUAUACUAUUUCAGGAUCGGCAGGAUGUCGACUUUUGAAUACACUGCAUUUUUAUCCCAUUUAGAAUAGGUACUCGGCAAAAAUAAAUACAUAUGUGGUAUGCAUCUUGCCAAUUAAGGUUCAAUAGUCUCGCACAUUCAGAUGCAUUUUAUCGAAACCACUAAAAUAUAUGCUUUAUUCAGUCGGGUGAUAAAGAAACCCGUCAUCUUUAUUUUUAUAUUUCAGGAAGGAGUAUAAGUAGGCUGCAAAAGUUUUUCUUAAUAUGGCAUUUUCUGAGACCGUGCAAUGUCCUGCAUACAGCAUCGGAUAUGUACGUUUACGACUGCUCCUCUUUAUAUGUAUAACAUGAUCCGCAUCCAUUGUAAAAUUUUAUGGACGCUAUAUAGUAUAUUCUUCUGAUGUAUGAUCUUCCAAACACGGGACAAUUGCACCUUGUAGACCGAAAUCAUUAAGCGCUAAUGCGACGACUGAUCAGGCUCUAAAUUAUUUGGGAAUUAGAACACAUUUUAAAACCUGAUUAUACUACUUUUUCAAAUAUAAAAUGUAAAGAUGACGUGCGUUUCCAUCAAACGACUGAAGUAAAGCAUAUUUUCGUUUGUGGUUUCGGUAAAGUAUAUUUGACUUUGCAAGACCAUCGAAAAUAAAUAUGAAAAAUGCACGCUAAUAAAGUAGUCAUUUUAGCAAGCAAGGUUCUCACAGAAGAUUGAAAAGGCGGUUAGUUCGAAAGCAGACAUCAUGUAAAGUCCAAAAUAUAACAGGAUUAUGCAGCAAGAUAAUCAGUUUUGCAACCGCGCCUAAGUAAUCCUUCAUAAUCGAAAACCCAUUUCAGAAUUCCCGCCAACAUUUCAUGAGAUCGGUCACUCAAUGCAUAUAUAAACAUCAUUUUGUUAAAUUUUCGACCCAAAUCCUUUAGUAAAUAUCCAUUUGCAUUUAUUCUCCUUAAGGUUCAUGGACCAGCACAAAGCAAGCUACAAUAUGUCAGAACUGUGA